AUGAGCAAAGACAAAGAUUCCAACAAGCAAGAAGAGUUAUACGACGAUGUCUAUUUUGACUCAGAACAAGAAUUAGAUCAAGAAACUAUGGGUAUUGGCCUCCCUAAUCAACAAAAGCCAAAGCAACAACAAAAGAAAAGAGUUUUAAGUAAUGACGAGUUACUAUAUGAUCCAGACAUGGAUGACGAAGACGAAGCUUGGGUCUCCAAGCAAAUUGCACAGGAUUCCUCAAGAACAGACCAAAAUAUACCCAUAGAAGCAAAGACAGAUGCUAUUUUGACAUGUCCCAUGUGCUUUACUACUUUAUGUUAUAGCUGUCAAAGACAUGAAAAGUAUGCAGAUCAGUUUAGAGCCAUGUUUGUCAGAAACUGUCAUACAGUGCCUGGCGAAAGAUACAAGUUUAAAAGUGAUGAUGGUCAAGAAGAAUAUUAUCAAAAAGUGACAUGCGAAACGUGUGGCAUUCAAGUGGCCAUGUUGGAUCAAGAAGAAGUCUAUCACUUUUUCAAUGUUGUAGCUACCUAA